GAAGAUAAGAGACCGUUUGUGGUGUUCGGCAAAAAAAAAAAAAACCAAAAAAAAAAAACCCCGAAACUCUUUCUACCGAACCUGCAAACUAUCGCAAACUGGGCCGGGACGCAUCGACGAGAUCGGCGCGAUGGCUAGAAAGAAGAGCAAGCAGUCAGGGGUCGGGCAGAAGGAUCUGGGAGCUGGACAGCAGAGCGUGUCGAAGAGCCCCGUCUCUCCCGGCGAUGCGGUUGGCGGCGGGGAUGCAGGACUGGAGAGGCUGGCCAGGACGAACCAGGCCAUGCACACAUGCUGUCUGCUGUGUCACCGGGAGUUUAAGGACUGGGGGGCGGGCCUGGCGAACGGGCUCCCCGCCCAUGCCCCCAAGCUGGCGGACGCCGUGCCGGGCCUGUCCCAGGCACUGUUGCGGGAGGUGCCUGGCCGCAAGCCGGGCGAGGCCAUGCUGCCGCAGUCGCUGCUGAGCGAGGUGCCGCUCUGGAUCUGCCAGAGCUGCCGCAAGAGCGUGGAGGAAGAGGAGAGGAGGACAGCGCAGGAACAGUGCGCUCCGGUGCCGUUGACCCACUCGUCCUCGUGCAAGUCCCAGAGCUGUGGGAAUGGUUACCCAGAGCAGAGCUCGGUGGACUGGGACCCAAGCUCCUUCCUGUCGGCCCGAAAGCUCUCGGGCCUCUGGAAUUCUGCUCACACGAACACAGGAGCACACUGCACCCACAGCAUGGCCUCUCACUCACAGCAAGCCGGCGGGACAGCGGGACCAACCUGCCACGACAAACGUUCCUCCCACGAGGCGUCCGGGAUCAAAGUGUGUCCAUACAGUCACGCGACACCGUCGCCCGGCCUAGGCACUACGCCCAGCACCACGCCCCUCUCCACCUCUGACCUCUGCAAGACCACACCCAAGCACUUCAAAACCAUGUGCCGACGACCCACUCCUCCGGGCGAGGCGUUCCACCCAGGCGAGCACCACCAGCCGGCGGACCUCUCGGUGCCUCCCAACAGCCCCACGGGCCUCUCCUCCCAGAGCCCCGCCCUGCUGCCUCCCGUCAAGCCUGCCCCCGGCCAUCACAGCCAUGCCGCCGUGCCCCUGCACUCGCCGUUCUCCGCUCUGGCGCCGGGCCUGCACUCGCCAUCGGGUCCCGCCCCCGGCCCCGCCCCCGCCGCCAAGCACUCGGGCCCGGCCGAUGGCCCGGGCCCCCUGCACAAGCCCGGUGCCUGUAAGAACGCCCACAGCCCGCCCGCCGCUGGUCCCCAGCACAGCAAGCUGGGCGCCUCGCUGAUGGGUUGCACUCACCCGUGCAACGGGCAUAAUGGGAGCAGCGUGGGGGCUGCCUCCGCCACUUCUGCCACCACCCAUCUAACUGCCACCACCUGCCGGGACCAAGCAUGUAAAGGGCACAAGCUGGCAAAUGGCUCAGCCUGCCAGCAGGGGGCAUGUGAGCAGGACGAAGGUGAGGAUGAGGACAGCAGCUCGGAGCGCAGCUCAUGCGCUUCCUCCUCCACCAACCAACGCGACGGGAAAUACUGCGACUGCUGCUACUGCGAAUUCUUCGGACAUAACGCGCCCCCUGCAGCGCCCACCAGCCGGAACUACGCCGAGAUCCGGGAGAAGCUCCGCUCCAGGCUGACCCGCAGGAAAGAGGAGCUCCCCCAGAGGCAGGAGCUAGACCCGGCCGCGCCAGGCGCUGUGGACCACCGCAACGUCGACGAGCUCCUCGACUUUAUCAACAGCACCGAGCCCAAGCCCGUAAACCGCGCAAAGGCGGCCAAGCGGGCUCGCCACAAGCAGAAGAAGAAGGAGAAGGAGCGGGCUCUGCAGGGAGUUUCUGAGAUGGCCUGUGGUGAGCGACGCUCAGCCUCCCCGCCAGAACCCACGGAGGAGGAGGCGGUCCCGGAUGGAGAGGCGGGCCGUCUGCUGGAGUGGCCCCAGCUGGAGCUGGAGCGUGUCAACAGCUUCCUGACGUCGCGUCUGGAGGAAAUCAAGAACACCAUCAAGGACUCCAUCAGGGCCUCAUUCAGCAUGUACGACCUCAACCUGGACGUCAACGACUUCCCCAAGAAGGCGGCCACGCUAGAGGGCAACCACCUGCUGUCGCACCUCAACGGCUCUUCGGACCUGCAGCACGUGGACCUGGACCUGGCGCCACUCUCGCUACGCAACUUCAAGCGGGACCUGGAGAUCGUCAACGGCUGGGGGGAGGAUGGCCCAGCGACCGGCCCCGCCCCCGUCCCCACCCUGGCAGCCAAGGGUGUCCAGAGGCUGCACUCCACGCCCAGUCUUUCCAAGCUCAUUCGCGUCCGCUCGCCGGAGAGGAGCUCGCCGCCGGGCUCUGAUGGGCCCCAGCCUGCCCCCGUCCCCGCCCCAGCCCACGCCCCCACAGCGCCCAAAGACGAAGCAGCCGACGGCAAGAACACCACCGGGGCAGGAGCCAAGACGAAGAAGGGUAAGAAACAACAGCGGCAGCAGCUAGACCAGGCCCCGCACGAGCAGCCCGCCCUCACCAGGCCCGCAAAAGCCAUGCCCGGAAACCAGGAUAAGACGCAGGAGGCGAGGCCGGCGGAGCUGGAGAAGCCCGCCCGGGGCGGAACCCGAGCCGGCCCGCAGAACCAGCCGAACGAGAGCCAGCGGUUGUCCGGCAGGAAGGCGGAGGACGGCAAGCCCUCCAAGCACUCUGCCAACGGCGCCCCCAAUGGGAACCACCAUUCAGUUUCCGGCACACACCGGGGGAAGGGUGAUGCUGACGCACGGGGGAGCCGCACGGAACACGAGGCGGAGGGCAAAAACAGCCCGGGCACCCCAGCAAACACAAACUCUCAGCAGCAGUCCAAGGGCAAAAAUAAGAAGAACAAGAGCAAGACAGAGAAGUCCAGCAGUGCUAUCGAUGAUGUGUUUCUCCCCAAAGACCUUGAUCCAACGGAGAUGGAUGAGAUUGACCGUGAGGUUGAACACUUUAAGAGGUUUUGCCUCGAUUCAGCCAAACAGACUCGACAGAAAGUAGCCGUGAACUGGUCCAACUUCAGCCUGAAAAAGAUGCCCUCAAAUGCAGCACAGUAACACAGAUGAUGGUAAACAAGACACCCCAACUUCCCAACAAGACUGUGCCUCCGCACACUAUUGACACAGACACUGCGUUAAACACUUGAUUGGUCUGCGUCCUCUGUCCUCAACACUUGAUUGGCUCGAGGUCACCCUCUGUCGCCAUCCUCGUUGUCUGUAAGCCAAGGCACAUCGGUCUACUGAAUCCUCUAUCAGAGCAGUUAUCUUGUACCUGUUGGUAAUGCGGGAUCACACCCAAACUUGCCUUUGGUCCUUCUUCACUCAGAUGCGUUGGAGUGGUCUGCCAAAUUGCACUUUGGUUACCACUCUUCUUCCGCAUUUCUUUGCUUUAUUUGUAGUAUGUAAACAGUUAUUUUACAAUAAAAAAAAAAAUUCAAUCAGAACUACAGCACACUCUGACCUGUCCACCCACCGUGUUUUUAAUAACAGUUAUGCAUUUUCCAGAAGGUACUUUUCUUUCAGUUCAUGGACAUUUGACUUUUGUUUCAAUGGAUAUAAUUAAUUCUGCGCAGAUACUGACAUUUUUUUUCUUCCCCUUUUUCUUAAAUUAAGUUGCUGGAUUAUGAUUUUUAUUAAGGCAACAGAAUUCCACCUAAACUCAAAUGCACGUCAAGAUAAAUUGUUCACUUUUUUAAAACAAUUGACAAAUAAUGAGCGAUCUGUUCUGGGUUAUUUUUAUAACUUAUUGGAUACAUGAUUAUGGUCUGAUCCUGGAACAGUAGUUACUCAGACACGCAUGAUAAAUAUGUGCUCUGGGGUAUUUUAAUUAUUUAUCUAAAUAUGGUUGCAGUAUGGGACUGAGCAGGUCCUUGCCCAUGUUUUUUUAAAUGCUCAAACAGUUGGUUACAUUUUCUAAACUUGGACAUUUCCAAGGAGGAGAAAAAAGCCCGGAAAGCAAAAAGGUGAAGAAACACACAACACUAAAGUAUCCCAAGAGUCAUACGGCGUGUGCUGUUUCUAACAACACACUUAUAUGAAUGAAUACCCUUACGAGAGGACAGAUUAACCGCAUUCCUCCCUGCAUCAUGCUCCAAACUGACAAGUGUUCAAUUUGUUCUCACUAGCUUGCUCUGAUCCUGGAACAGCAGUUACUCAGAGACGCUGGCAUGUACUGUGUACAGGGCAGCACUGACUGUCUGAAGUACUCUGUUCUGCAGCUCAAGCCCCGCCUCCGAUGUAGUCCUUCCCACAGCGCCUUGUGCGGGCGAAGGGCAGGGCCAAGGUACCCCGUGCGGGUGCAGGGCGCGGCUACAGCGCGUUUCGGCGGCAAACUGCCAUUUGGCCGCCCUUCCACAGUGAUGCUUAUUUAGUUGGCAUAGAUUAGCGUGCUCUGAGUGCAGACGACCAGUGUUCCGUUCUCCGUACCCUUCUCUCCGUGGUGUUCAUACGUGACGUUUGGUAUCUGGAACCCCUGUUUGCGUGCGGAGUUCAAAGCUUUGUGCUGCCAUGGUACAACACAUGACAACGUUUCCACCUUAACCCUUUCAGUGCUCUGCACGUUUGUCAGCUCAUCUGUACAAGUAUCCUUGAAGAUUCUGAUCCCUUUCUGAAUAAGAAUCAAACAUUUGAAUUUGACAUUAUGAUGUUGGGAAUUUGGACCUGGGAACAUGAGGAAUGCCUUUUUGUCUUGGUUCUUUUCUUGCUUUGAAGGAUUAAGAUGGAAAAAACAUCUUAUUGUUUUCAUAUUCUACAUCUCUGAUUAUAUUAAACUAGGAGACAUUAUCUUAAAACCUUUGGAAUGUAGAUUUAUACUAUUCCAUUACUGGCCAAGUGUAUGCUGGCAUUGUUUUGUUUUUUUUUCUUUGUUGGUUUUUGUUUUUUAAUUAUUAUUAUUAUUAUUAUUAUUAUUAUUCACUUUUGAUACUGUGAAGAUCUUUCGUUCUGAAAGAUUAAAACAUUACAGUUUUGAAAAAGCA